UGCCCCGGCCAGGAAGAGAAGGCAGAUUUCUAUGUGUAGUCUCGCUUUUAGAUUUGGGUAGGGACGGAAGCGGAGGCACAGGAACGGGCAAGCUGAGGGUGCAUGGCGGGAGACUCGAGGGUCGAAAGCGCCGGGGACUUGCUAGCUGCAGCCCACCAGCACUUCGAAGCGCGGCAGCAUGAGAGGGCGGAGGAGCUCUACAGCCGAUACAUCCAUCACUGCGCAUGCUCCGUCGUGAGCAAACAUCUUUGCCAUGAUCUGGCAACAGCACUUAACAACAGAGGACAAAUUAAAUAUUUCAGAGUUGAAUUCUAUGAAGCUAUGGAUGAUUAUACAUCAGCUAUACAAGCACAGCCAGAUUUUGAAAUCCCUUAUUAUAACAGAGGAUUAAUAUUCUAUAGGCUAGGAUUCUUUGAUGAAGCCUUGAAGGAUUUCAGGAAGGUGUUAGAACUAAAUCCUAAAUUUGAAGAUGCGUCUUUGAGUUUAAGGCAGACUCUCCUUGACAAAGAAAACAAGUUAAGAAGAGGUUAUUGAAGUCCAGUGUAUAGAAGAAACAGGUUGUGAGACUGGAAUAUUUGGACAUUGGGAUCAUCAAAAGGCACUUCUAGUUCAAAACCUCUUGUUCCAUUGGGGAAGGAAAUAACCGAGAUCCUGUAACCUUUUUGCUCUGCUUCCUUGAGAGAGAAAGUCAUAUCUCCAAUUGUAAGAGUCACCAGAUUGACAUCAGGAAGGAAGACACCCAAGAAUACAUCAAAUAUCCGUGUUUCUGGAACUGUAUCUAUGUAAACAAGAAGGAAUUUGUUAUUGGAAAAAUUAUAACAGAAUUAUAAGCAUAAGAACUUGGUUGUUCCCUGGAAAUACUGUUUUUGUAAUAAUCUAUCCUUUGAAAGUAGAGCUGAAUAAAGUGUUUGCUACUAAUGUUC